GAGGGGAGCUGCGAUGAUAAACUCCGCUUAGUCUUAUCGACCCCCUCCCAAAUUGAACGCCAUCCGAGGUAUAAAACAGCAUAUUCAUAUAUUCCGGUUGUAGAACUGAGACAAACUCCUAGCAACAUACUUCAGCGCAAAUUGUAAUUACAAAUAUAAUUACAACAUAUAUUUUCCAGUUUCUCUCCCCAAAAUAAUAUCUUGUUGGUCCUUUGAGUCGCCCGUCGAGCGCAGUCGGCGUUAUUUGGAGCUGGGCGGCUCCCAAGCUUAACGUCAUCUUCCACCAACUGCGCGUAGUAAGGAUUUUGCUUCCCGAAAUGGCGAGCCUGCUGUAUUGAGGAGACGCAGAGCGGAGGGACGAGGGCGCUCGGGCUGUGAGUAGAGCUGGCUGAGAAGCCGAGUGGGGAAUGGGGCGUCCGUGGACUGAGGCGUUUGCGAUAGAGCGCUUGGAGGCGAGAAGCGAAAGACGAGGCCAUCUUCUCGAGGCCCCUGGGCAACAAAAAGCCAAACUAGCUCUGACUCGGCUUCAGGAGAUCCCUGUUAGAAAUCAAGCUGCGCACGCGUCUCUGCCUGAAAAGGAAAGGGGCGCUUGACCUUCGAGGCCAGUUUCCCCGGAGUAAGGCGCCGCUGAAUGCAGUAAGGGUGUCGUCCCAAGCGAGCAACGUUUGGAAGGGUUGCGUUUAGACUAGCCCUUUGCGCUCGGCUGAGUUUACUCCUGAGCAAAGUUCAUUAACGGUCGUUGCCUUCGAGAAGCGGCGGAAAAGAGAUGGCCUUAUUAUCCACGCGCUUUAAACAAAAGCUUUUAUGGCGGUGUUAGUCCGUAGUGACGGAGAGGGAAGCUUCUGUCGCCAAAGAGAAGUUCCGCGGUCCUCGUCUUCAAUCGGACGCGGAGGCCGUUUGUGUUGCGGGAAGGCUAGGCGUGUAUUCUGACUUAGUCGGAAGAGGGAAGAAUGCAGGGCCCGACCGACGCCCUUGUUUCGAGAGUCCGUUUCGCUGCCGGUUCUCCUUCCCGACGGCCGAAGGGAGCGUUUUUUCAUUUUUUAUGGAUCUGCGUAACAGGCCCCUUCUAUUCGUAUGUUUGCUCAGACAUUGCUUAUAAAUUUAAUAAACUAAAUUCAUUGAUUAUAAGCGCCUAUGUAACAACAUAAAAGGAAAACAAAAAUUAUUUGGGCAGAGCUUUGCUGGUGACAUCACCGACAAACUCCAGGAAGUUUUCUUGGCCGUAAUAUAGGAGAUGUUUGUGGGAUUUGUUUUCCCCCAAUAGCUCUGAGAUUUUGGGUGCUCUCUGCUCAGAAUAUUAAGUCAGAUCCUGCUGAGUUUUUUUCAAAACCAAAAGAUCUAGCAGAUGGAUUCGCGGCGUUUUCAUUUUAGUUUUCUUUUUGUUGUCACAAAAAGAUUUUAAAUAGAACUGCAUUGGACACUGAUUAUUCUAAAUGUAAAUUGGAGUGGGAUUGUAUUCUCUGCUUCUGAUGGCGUCCUCGCUUAAAUUAUCUACUAUGAUUAAAAUAAUAGCUUUCACUAUAAUAAGGUGUUUUUGCCGGUAUUUUUAGGGAAAAUCCUAAUUAUUUGGAGCUCUAGUCUGGACUUUUCAUAACCGACCAUCAGACUGACACAUGAUAUCUAAAGCCUUCUAUUUUAGCCAUUGUUAUGUUCCAUCAUGUCUUUGUGGCUCUUAAGAAGGAAGUAGUCCUGUUUAUUUACUAGCAUUUGUGAAGUUUUUCAAGAAAACUUCUUAAAAGCUGUAAUGUUCAAGUGAUAAAUUCAAGGAAAGCAGGAUUUCUCAAACUCUGAAAAUACGUAAUCCUUUUAAAUGAUAACAUGAAUUUGUGUUACAAUACCCAUCCCCUCUGAUUAGAUAGUGCCAUCAAAGCAAUGAACAUGAAUUUGGGCAAACCCUGGGAGAUAGUUGAGGAGAAGGGAGCAUAGCAUACUAGAGUCCAUAGCUUCAUAAAAAGUCUGGGAGGAAACUUAUUGAACUCCUUACCCUCUCAUUAUCAGGACUUAAUUGUGCAAGAAAUAAAUUUACACCUUUAAUCUGUAUGUCAAACAAAAAGGUGAUAGAACCAUAUAGCUUUAGAAAAUAAAACCCUAUCAUUGGAAAUUGAAGAAUUGAAGAAAAAGUUUAGAAUCACAUUUUAAUGGAAGAAUGAACCUGCUUGUUUUUGUAUCAUUUUGAAAUCUGAAUUUCAUUUUGAGGGCAGCCAGUUUCUUUCUGUAGUCAGAUGAUAAGUAAAAGGGUAUUUCUUUGCUUUAAGUCAAUUUCUCUUUGUGGGAAGCCCCUGCUACUAGAAGAAUGAAAGAUUUUGAGGAAUAUUAAAAAGGCAAAAUAUAUUUCCCCAAUGGGAGAAAUGAAGAAACACCCAACUCUCAACUCCAUUUUGUCAGCUGUCCCAAAAUCACAUGUGGUUGGUGGUUUUGCCUCAUCAAUAAAUGGACCUUUCUUUCCAAUCAGCUUCCAUCAUCUUUCUCCCAGCUUGCAACUGAACCUGAUGGAUUUUUUUCCAACAUCUUGAAAUACCAUACCUUGCAAAAUUGGCUGCUUUUGAUACUCACUUCCCAUUUCUGUAGAGUGAAGAUCAGAGUUUUCUGUUAAAUUUUGGGGCUCUACAACCUUGAUUGUUCCCUUUGAAAGAAAAGGUGGUCUACAAAAACAAAAAGUCUUCUUAGUUUGCAUUAAAGUGGUAAGCCUGCUCACAGAAAGCAGCCUCCUGGCAACUCUUCUACCUUUUGUCUUGUGACCCACCCACCACCACUUUGAGAAAACCUAAUUUACAGAGUUAACACAGGAAAUAAAUCACAAAUAAACAUGGAAAGUCUGAAAAUGUAAAAUCAAACUUUUCUUCUUCCACAACCACCUUAUUUUAAUAGAGAAACAACCACAGCUAGAUUCUAAAAGUAUAUAUUUUAAGAUGAAUAUAAAUGGACUGUAUUAAGAUGAAUUGGGGAAAAUAAUAAUCUUGACUUUUGUAAAAGCAUAGGCCCCAAGUGCUUUCUGGAUCUUGAACUAAAAAGCAGUCUUAUUCUUUUUCUGUUGCGGUACACAGAACUGAGGCCUUAAAGGGGAAGUAGAUAGAAUCAUACUGUCAAUAGAAUCUCAGAGAAAUCCCCCCCACCCGCCGCCGCGUUUAUAAAAGUUCAGUCAUUUUGUAGAAAGGAAACUGAAAAUACUGAAAGCGAUACAAUAUAAAUAUGCUUAGUGACAGCAUAAUAUUGACUAAUUUGGGAAAAAAUAGUAUAUGGCAUGUAUGUGGUUUUAAAUUAGUCACCAAUUCUACUUUUAUAUCUUUUUGCUAGUCCAACUUGUAGCUGCUGAAAUAAGCUUAUUUUUUUAUUUACACUAAACUGCUAUUAAAGGGUAAAAUAUACACAGAACUGAUUGCACAAUAUGGAGACCACUUUAUAUGUUUCUUUCUCAGGCCCAUGUGAAUUAUCUUCCUUCCGGUUGGCUGCUUAACACAUGAUUCCUGGUUUCAUCCAGUUUAAGUAUAUGGAACAGGCCUAAUCUAAAGAGUUUUACUGUGUGAAGUACAACUGGCUGAAUUUACAGAACACAGAGUCAAAAUCAAAUCAUAUUAUGACUGGAUAGUGUGCAAAUCUGGCAGAUAGAAGGCAGCUUUUGUCAGGUGUGCAUAAAACUCAGUGAAGUCAGUCAGAAUUGUGUAUCCAGUUAGUCCAAAUGGGCCUGGAAAUGUUUCCACACAGCAUGCAUAUUUUCUGAAUCUUUCUAGGGUAUUCAUUAUUAGAAAUAUCUUGUUAUUUAGAAUAAUGCAGAUUUUGUAGCUAAUCCUUGGUUUGCAAAACUGAAAGGCUAUAACUGCCCUAUCUGAUAAUGCUUGCAAUUCCUGGAAUGUCAAGGAUGUGAUUUGUCCUUCAUUCCUUCAGUCCCUCCUCAAUGCAAACUGGAAUUUCCUGUGGGGGAGGAGGAGGGAAGCCUAGUUUUAUGUUCUCUCCCUUUUAUGUAUAUUCUUGAUUUCACUGGGACUCAUUUCAGUCUUGAAAACAACAAACACAGUGAUUGUGAGUUAUGAAAAAGCAACCUUAGUUUCUGGGUCUUCUCUUCUUGCCAAUGGUCUUUUGAUACAUAAAAGGCAUAAAACGAAGCCAAGAUAUUGAAGAUCAACAAGGAAGGCAGAUUCUGCAUUAAGAAGCAAGCCUCAUGACGUGGCUUUUCUUGUUUAAAACACACCCAGAGAACUGUAAAGGGAUAGUGGCCUGUGAUGACAUUUUGCAGUGUGCCAGCAUCUCUCCUUUACCAGCUUGAACAGGAACUGGAUACAGAUGAAAAGGAAACCAUGGUCUUUUUGUGCAGCGAUCUCGUGCCUGACGUAUCUAUGCCUGAUGUCCUACAACUCUUGACAGCUUUGAAUAAAAAGGAGAUGCUGACCACCAUCAACUUAUCUGAACUAUUAUACAGGCUGAAAAGAUUUGACUUGUUAAAGAAGUUGCUGGGGACUGGAAGAGCAGCUGUGGAAGCCAGUUUAGCCAAUCAUCCUCAGAUGUUGUCAAAAUACAGGGUGUUGAUGACUGAAAUCAAUGAAGAUCUGGAUAAAGAAGACUUGAGAUCUCUCUCUUUCCUUCUAAAAAGUCAUCUGGGUACAUCAUACAAGGAAAAGAGUUUUCUGGCAAUUAUUACUGACCUGGAAAAGCUAGAUCUGAUAUCUCCCAUGCAUCUGGAUUUAAUAGAAAAUUGCUUCCUGACCAUUCACAGGAGAGACUUGGCAAAAAAGAUUCAAAAGUACAAACUAGAAGCGCACUUUCCAACUAUGAAUGCAAACACUCUUCAGAUGUCCUUACCAAAGUUAUCUCUAGCUGACCCUCCAGAGCCCGUGAAAAGGGAAAGAGUAAUGAAUGGAGCCUGUGCUGUCCAGGCAGAACAGAUUCACAUAUCCAUUCCAGAAACACAAGUACAGGGCUGUAACAAGUACAGAAUGCAAAGCAAACCUUUAGGAGUCUGCCUGAUUAUUGACUGCAUUGGCAAUGAUGCAGGUUUGUUGACGAAAACCUUUAAAUCACUACAUUUUGAAGUUCACUGUCGAUUAUUUCUGAAUAUGGAUGCAAUGAUGCGUGAUUUAUAUGAAGCAGCAAGGCUAAGAGCUCACAAAGAUGCAGAUUGUUUUGUUUGUGUGCUAGUCAGUCGAGGGAACCAUCAACAUAUAUUCUGCACAGACCAUAUUGUUCCAGGAUUUCAACUGGAAAGGCUGAAGGAUUUCUUUACUGGUGAGAAGUGCCCUGAUCUCUUAGGAAAACCAAAACUCUUUUUUAUCCAAAGCUAUGUUGAGCCCCAAAAUUGGCAAGGAAAUGCCAGCCUGACAGAGGCAGAUGGAGAUCUAUGCACAAUCCCACAAGUAGCAGACAUUUUCUGGAGCCACUGCACCUUGGAUGCCUCUGUAUUGGAGAGAUCCCCAUGCUCAUCAUCCUAUUAUCUUUCCACUUUGGCUGGCCUUCUGAUGGAUCCUCAGAAGAGAAAGCUGCCUCUGUUGGAUAUUUUUGUAGAGCUGAACAACAGAGUUUAUGAAUGGAAUAGAAUUAAUUCUACAGAACAGUACUUACUCGUAUUGAAGCACACCCUGAGGAAAAAACUUUUCCUGAUUGACAAGAGAGGAGGGAGGGGGCUCCGUUUUUUUGGAUCUCGCUGUUGGCGUCCUUCCUUUUUCAGCCUUGACUGCCCCCCCCCACCUCCCAACUCCGGCCAGGUGAAAGCCGAACAAGUGGCAAAGUUGCUGCACGAACUUUUGAAAAGUUUUGUUCGGCCUGCAGAAAAGGCUCAAAGAUUUUACCUCCUAAGAAAACUUUUCCUCAUGGCUGACAAUGACAAUGUGGUAUUUCACCAGCAGCUACUAUCAAUCGAUGAAAACUUAGGGAAGGACGAUGUAGAAGAUAUGAAAUUUCUCUGUUCUGAUUUCAUCACAUUAAAGAAGCUGGAAACAGUGAAAUCAGCCCAGGAUAUUUUCCUGUUCCUCAUCAAUGAGGACUUAAUUAAUAAGGAUGAUACUUUUCUCAUAGCAGAGCUUCUCUACAUUAUUGGGAAUAACUUUCUGCUCCCGAAACUUGGUUAUACUAAAGAGAUUGUUCAAGAAGAACUGCUUAAGAGAAGAAAGGUAUCUCGUUAUCGGCAGUUGCUGUAUGAAAUAACACAAGACCUGACAAUGGAUAAUGUCAAGAAUGCUGCUUUUCUUCUGAAGAACUAUCUCCCAAAGAAGCAACCCAUUAUGUCAGCUUUGGAGUUGCUGACUUCUCUGGAGAAGAAAGACCUUCUAAUGGAAUCUAACCUGAGUAUUCUUGAAUAUAUCUGUGGGAAAACAGCACCUCAUCUCCUGAAGAAAAUAGAGAUGUACAAACAAGCAAAAGUGCCUCAUCAAGGAAUCAAAGAAACUGAUCCCUCUUCUGUUUGUGCCUUUAACAAACCAACAUUUGGAAACAUUUCAUUCCAGGAUCCUGUUCUGCCAAAGAAUCACGAACACCUUUACGAUGAACAGUUUGGGAGCUUACAAGAGCAUAUUGGAAAUGUUUGUUCUUUAGCUGCAAAUCUAGAUGUCAAGGCAGAACCUGUGUUUGAUUCCUUGAGACAGGGGUUACAACGAACUGUCAGGGAGAAUGAUACGAAUGCUGAAGCAGUGGUGUUAUCUCAGUAUAAAAUGGAUGGGCAGUGCAGAGGAUAUUGUCUUAUCAUUAACAAUGUCAAUUUUGAAGGUGAUCUCAAAAAAAGGAAUGGAUCUGAGAAAGAUGCCAUGGAGCUGAAACGUGUGUUCACCUGGCUUGGAUUCAAAGUGAAAAAGUAUGACGACAAGACUUCCACAGAAAUUGAAAAACUUUUGGAGUUUUGGCAGUCUUCUAAAGAUUGGAAAGACAGUGACUGUCUGGUGUGCUGUAUUCUAUCUCAUGGAAAAUCUGGAAAAAUUUUUGGGACAGAUGAAUGUCUGAUUCCAAUCCGUACCAUCACAUCAUACUUCAAAGCCAACCGCUGUCCAUUGUUGGCUCAGAAACCUAAGCUCUUCUUCAUCCAGGCCUGUCAAGGUGAAAAGACACAGCAGCCAGCCUUCCUCCAAGAAGACACCGGGCAUGCUGCCUCAUUUGAACCAGAUGCACAAAGUUCAGGAUUCGUGUCUUCCCAGCAGCUGACCUCAAGUAUUCCAGAUGAAGCAGAUUUCCUGCUUGGCAUGGCCACUGUAGAUGGCUAUCUCUCUUUCCGGCAUGUACUGGAAGGCACUUGGUACAUUCAGGCUCUUUGCAGUAAAUUGCAGCUCCUGGUGCCAAGAGGUGAAGAUCUAUUAUCCAUUCUUACAGAAGUCAAUGAAGAAGUGAGCAAACGUGCAGAUCCUCAACGCGAAAGGAAACAAAUGCCCCAACCAGCUUAUACUCUCAGGAAAAAAUUGAUCUUCCCUGUGCCUAACAAACCUUUUGUACCAUCAGAGCAGAGUUCAGACAUGCAAUAAUUUAGAUUGCUGGGGACAUAGAGAGAAAAGAGUGGUGAGUUCAAAAAGAACUCUCUUGUUUUCAUUCAUUCUUUGUUGGGUUUUGGACAGGAAUACUGUUGAACAGGAAUACCUAUUCUCAAAGCUAUUUGAUGUUUAAGAAGAUGAAGAGACAUGCACUUUCCCCAUCUGCUACUCAUUGCAUAUCUCAAAAAUGAUUUGUAUGAUCAGCACAUUUCUUAAGCAAGCCUUUUCUAGAGCUGAAGGAUAUCAGAUAUUGUCUAACUAGGUUUGCUUCAUUGGAAAGAGUAAACUGCAGAAUCAUUGAUGCUCAGGGAUAUAUCUCCAAGCCAGGAGCAACCUUUGUGGGUUAAACACAAUGAGAUUUUUUAAAAUACUACUACAAUAAAUAAAUUAAUACGUCCUUCAGCUAUUAAAUACAGCUGAUACUCUGCUAUAUUUAUUUAAUGCUUACUGAGGCAGAGAAGAUGCCGUUUGCAGAAGCCUUGAUUGUAGAUCUUGCCUAAGUUCCACCUCUCUUGCAAGAAGUUAAUGAAAUCCAGAACAAAAUCCAUAUAAAAGACAGAACCUGGUAGUUCUGUUUCCCCUGUUCAAUGGGAAAAUGUUUCCUCUAAUCUAUAGCAGGUAUGGACUGUACAUUGUAAAUUGUAAAUGUACAGUUAUAAAUUGAACAUCUGAACAGUUGCAUUACAGUGAAGAUAGAGAAAUAAAGUGAAAUGAUAAAUUACAAUGCAGUGUUUUAGAGCAGUGAGAUAAGACUUCAACAAAGAAAUAAUGGAUAAAUAAUGAUACAUUAUUGCAAAGACUGGCAAAGGAGGAUACACAUAGGCCAAUCUCAGGCCAAUUAAAAAAUUGUAUCAAGAAAGAAGUAACAGAAGUCUUGGUUUGCUAUAUAUUUUGAAAGCAAGUUCUUACAUAUAUCCUCUAGAAAAUAGACAGAAUCUCAUAUGUAGAGUCACAUUCCAGGAAUAAAGUAGGGAUGUACAGAAUUUUGUACUUAGAACCAAAUAGGUGAUUAGAACAAGUCUAAGGCCAUGUGCACACCUUAAAGAAGCUGUCCUUUCCUGAGUGUGACCAGUAGGUGUACAAUCCCAUGAACAUAUGGGUUACGGAAGCACCAACAGUGCCUUUUGGCUUCAGAUCUGAAGUGCUAUGCAUCUCUAAAAUUCAGCUCUUUUUUAUUGAAGAUCAAUUCAGUGUUUUAUGUACACUGUGCAACAGUUGCCAAACAUCAUGAGAACAGUUCUAGGUAGGUGGUUCUACAUCCCCAGGCGGGCCUCUAAAGAAAUAUUGAAGCCAGUUCAUUAAAAAAAAUCAAUGCAGAAGUUUUGGGUUCCUGAUAUUUAAGGUACUAACAAAUAGUAUUUUAAUUAUAAUUUGACAAAGGUGCUUUUUUUUUUCAAGAGGCAACUGGAAUUUCUGGUUUUUCUUUGAAGACGUUUCACUUCUCAUCCAAGAAGCUUCUUCAGGGAAUUCCCCACCAUCCAGUCAGAGCUGAAAAAGCUUCUUGGCUGAGAAGCGAAACAUCUUCAAAGAAAAAUCAAAAAGUCCAGUUGCCUCUUGAAAAAGCACAUUUGGGAUAACCAUGACCUGGAUGACUGAGAAUCUCCAUAGACAUUUAGAAUUUAGCAGUUUAUGUUUCACUUUAUAUCUAGUCAUAACUAUGGAUUUAAACCUACAGGACCAGGUUGUGCCCUUUUUAUAUAAUGUAUGUAAUGUCCACCAUCUGGCCAAGAAACAUUUAUUCUAUUUAUAAGUUAGUGAGGGAAGAAAACACAGCACCAAACUAUUAGACAACAGCUGAUAUAAAUAAAGUGAAAAACAUAAUGAUACAUAUAUAUAAGUAAUCUUUUGACACUUCUGGUGUUCCAGCUUCAGCCUAAUGUUCUGAAGAAAUAGCUUCACCCAAUCUCCCAUAAACCAAUUCUUCAUGCAUAGUUCUAAUCAAACAUUCCAAAAAUACUACUUUUUUGGGCACGUUCAGUAAAUAUCUCUUCAUUCUUCUCAAUAAGCUUGCGCCUGAAGGAGAAAAAAAAGCAAACUUUUUUUUCUGUCAUUGUACAGGGAGACUACAGAGCCUAUAGUAUAACAAAUGUUGGAAACUAUUUCCCUCAAUUGCAGAUGGCAUUGGGGAGUGACAUUCACCCCAAUUCUCCCCUCACUUGCUGUGUCACUCAUUGCACAAUCAAGUGAAAGUGGUUUAUAAGAAGCUAGUUGAAAUUCUGUGCUAAAACAACUAGACAUAUCAAAUGUUUUGUUUAGCAAAGUUAUAACCCAUGUGCCAAAGCACAAGAUGUGCACCUUGAAUCAAUUUAUAAAUUCAAAUUGGGUUUUGCUUCAUUCUCUACAGUGAAGUUAAAGGCUCUUUUGUAUAUCAUCCAGCAUGUCACAAAGGCACAUUUGAGCCUGUCAGUAUUUUUUUUUAAAGUUGGUUUGGGGCAGUGGUGAAAUGUAAAAUUUGUUACUAUUGGUUCUGUGGGCGUGGCUUGUGGGAGAAAUGGGCUUUUUUUUUUACGUUUUUAAAGCAUUUUUACAACCUAUUCAGCUGAAUAGGUUGUAAAAAAUGCUUUUAAAAGUAAAAAAAAGGCUCUGACGGUCACAGCUGUGGCGCGCAAUUGUCAGAGCCUUUUUUUUAAUCUUUUAAAAGCAGGUAGUAACAACACCCGGGCAGGUGGGUGGAGCCUUACGCUCCCAUUGCUACCGGUUCUCCGAACCACCUGCCAGAAUCGCUACCAGAUCGCCCAAUUCAGUCCGAACCGGGAACAUUUCACCCCUGGUUUGGGGACUCUAUGAUUAGAUUUUAUUUAUUUUUUAUUUAUUUUAUUUUAUUAGAUUUCUAUACCGCCCUUCUCCCGAAGGACUCAGGGCGGUGAACAGCCAAAAGAUAAAACACAGGAAUACAAAAUUUAAAAUAGAUUAAAACAGAUUAAACAAUUUGGCUCAAUUUUAAAAAUAUCCCAUAAUUAAACAAAUUAAAAUUAAAACAAAUUUAGUGUUUAAAAUUUAAAUUUAAAAAUUUUAAAAGGGAGAAGAUUUAGGCCAGGCCAGCUUGAUGAAAUAAAAACGUUUUAAGCGCGCGGCGGAAGAUGCGCAGAUCCGGGAUCCUCCGUAUCUCCGGGGGGAGCUUGUUCCAGAUCGUAGGUGCCCCCACAGAGAAGGCUCUCCCCCUAGGGGCCACCAGUCGACAUUGUUUGGCCGACGGCACCCGGAGGAGCCCCUCUCUAUGGGAGCGUACUGGCUGGUGGGAGGCUAUUGGUGGUAGCAGGCGGUCCCGUAGAUAACCAGGUCCUAAGCCAUGGAGCGCUUUAAAGGUGGUAACCAGAACCUUGAAGCACACUCGGAAGACCACCGGGAGCCAGUGCAGCUCGCGCAGGAGAGGUGUUACAUGGGAGCUCCACGUUGCUCCCAUAACCAUCCGCGCGACCGCACUCUGCGCCAGUUGGAGCCUCCGAGUGCACCUCAAGGGGAGCCCCAUGUAGAGAGCGUUACAAUAGUCCAGACGAGAGGUGACGAGGGCAUGAGUGACCGUGUGUAGGGAGUCCCGAUCUAGAAAAGGACGCAACUGGCGAAUCAGGCGAACCUGAUGAAAAAUCCUCCCGGUCACGGCCGUCAAGUGCUCUUCUAGAGACAGUCGUGAAUCCAGGAGGACGCCCAAGUUGCGAGCCCUUUCCGUGGGGGCCAAUGAUUCGCCCCCAAUAGUCAGCGAUGGCGCCAGCUGACUAUAUCGGGACGUCGGAAACCACAGCCACUCAGUCUUGGAUGGGUUGAGCCUGAGCCUGUUCCUCCCCAUCCAGAUCCGUACGGCCUCCAGGCACCGGGACAUCACUUCAAGGGCAUCGUUGGGGUGGUCCGGGGUGGAGAUGUACAGCUGGGUGUCGUCAGCGUACUGGUGGUACUUCACCACGAAACCACGGAUGAUCUCGCCCAGCGGCUUUACAUAAAUGUUGAACAAAAGGGGCGAGAGGACCGAUCCCUGCGGCACCCCACAUAUGAGGGGCCUCGGGGUCGAUCUCUGCCCCCCUGUCAACACAGACUGCGACCGGUCGGAGAGAAAGGAGGCGAACCACCGUAAUAUGGUGCCUCCCACCCCCAACUCUUCCAACCGGUGCAGCAUGAUACCAUGGUCGAUGGUAUCAAAAGCCGCUGAGAGAUCUAACAGGACCAAGACAGAGGAGCAACCCCUGUCCCGAGCCCUCCAGAGAUCAUCAACCAACACGACCAAUGCCGUUUCCGUGCUGUACCCAGGCCUGAAACCCGACUGGAACGGAUCUAGAUACGACGUUUCAUCCAGGUACUGGGGAAACUGUCGUGCAACCACACUCUCGACAACCUUCGCAACGAAGCGAAGGUUGGAGACUGGACGAUAAUUAGCCAAUACUGCCGGGUCCAGGGAAGGCUUCUUGAGGAGAGGCCUCACCACCGCCUCCUUCAAGGCGGCGGGGAAGGCACCCUCACCCAAUGAAGCAUUUAUAAUCCCCUGGAGCCAGCCUCGCGUCACCUCCCGGGAAGCCAGUACUAACCAGGAGGGACACGGGUCCAACAAACGUGGUUGCAUUCAGUACUGGGAUAAAAGUACUGGGAAGUUAUAGGAACAGUUAUAUUUUGGAAGGAAAGUCUAAAAGCAUAAUUUAAGUGCAGCUCUUUCCAAGAUUUUGCCCUCAAAUAUGGCUAUGAUCCUUGGAGUCAUUAACCUUAGAGAGUAAUCUUGAAACAAUGGGACUUACAUUUGGCAAUCUGUGUAUAUGGGCAUGCUUUAACUCAUGGACAGUAAUGGAAUCAGAUCUCAUCGUGAAUAUUGUUACUGGUAUCAGUGAGAUUCCCAGCCACUCUCUCAUUUUCUCAAAAAUGACAAAUUCAAUUGUCUUAACGACACAAAAUAUUGCAACUGGAAUUUUAACUACUAAAUCAAUUCCGUUAUUACUGAAUGUUACUGCAUGCUUUUGGCAUACGUAUCUUUUUUUCAAACAGUUCUAAGGAUCAUUUUAAAUGUUUGUUUUAAUGGCAAAUAUUUCGAAGGACAAAAGUUUAGACAUUCAGCUUCACAGUCAUUAAGAUUUCCUGAUAUCUCUCCAUGCCCCCCUACAUCUUUGCCCUUGUCACUCCUAAGAUAAAAAUGCUUCCAGAAGGGUGAAUGUGGCAAAUAAUUUCUUAAACAUUUUCAAAAGACUUACUGUUUUGGAUUUUACUAGAUUUUUUCCCCCACCUCAAAGUGUUGUUUUCUUCUGUCAAAGAAGCUAUAUUAAUUCGAUAUUUCUCUUCAACAGCUGCUGCUUUUUGUUGGAUAGUUUUCUCCAUGUCUGCCAUUUUGACUUUCUGUAGUGGAGAAAACAAACUGGGUUUUGGAAAAGUGGAAAGUAACAUACAUAUUUCUAUCAUCAAUGAAAUCUUUUUUUUGCUAUUGUUGGAAGAGCACUGAUAUCUGAGUACUGUUUAAAUUAGUACUGAACUAGAGAACUUUUAUCUUAAUAUUAGGCACCUUAUGGCCAUUUCUUUUUAGAGGUAGUCAUUUGCUUGAUCACUAUGCAAGAAAAGAUGGAAUUUUAACUGACUUCCACAAAAUCACUGUAGCUUAAAACUACAGCAUCAUUGCUGGUUGAUCUUAUCUUUGUUGGUAUUUAACUACCCAGAUUUUAACUAUUUUUAUUUCCAGAUAACCUUUUCAAUGAGCUUGUUUUUUGGCUACAAAGUGAUGGCAUCUGCAAAUCUCACAUUAAUGUUCUAUCUCCAGUUUUAAUUCCAGCUGCCAUCUCUACUAAACCUGCCAUUCUUGCAUGCUUUGUAUCGGGGUGAAAUGCUCCCACUUCGGACCGGAUUGCCCGAUCCAGUAGCGAUGGAGGCAGGUGGUCCGGAGAACCGGUAGCAAAAAUCCCUGCCCCCCCCCAUUGCCCAGCUGAGCCGUGCAAUCAGAGGCUUUUUUUUAUUUUUAAAAGCAUUUUUUCUACAACCUCUUUGGCUGAAGAGGUUAUAGAAAAAAUGUUUAAAAAAAAAAAAAAGCUUCUGCCGAUCAGGCAAGUCAGCUGGGAUUGUCAGAGGCUUUAAAAGGUUUUUUUUUUUUUUUACCAACCUCUUCAUCCGAAGAGGUUGUCGAAAAAAUGGUUUUCGAAGUAAAAAAAAAAAUUGGCCACACCCACUCAAUCAUAUUACACCCCCCCCCACCAAGCCAUGUCCACAGAACCUGUAGUAACAAGUUUUACAUUUCACCACUGCUUUGAUUCAGUGUCAGUAUCUGUUCAUUUAACAGUUACUCAGAAUAAUUAUCAGGUGUUUGUUAUAUUGCACAUUCUGGUAUGAUUGCACAAUCAACAAAUUUUGCUAUAUUCAAUAAAGUUCAAUCUUACCGUU